UCAUAAUGCCGUGUAUACCAUCGGUAAUCACGUCUACCGUAUUCAACGACUGGCAGUCUUCGACAGUGUACAGUGUUUCCAGCAACGGCCAUAUGCAGCCUUCGUUUGUGCACGGAGUGGCCUAUCCUACGUCCGAAUACAAUCUCAUCCCUGAAGUACACCACGAUGGGAAUUAUUGUAAAGACAAUGGCAAGAGAAAUGGCCGUGUAAAGGGUUCAAGGAAGGAUAAUUAUAAUCAUAUGUUUAAUCAUGCCAACGAGAUGCAAGCUGGAUACGUGGCUGACGAGAGAUUCAUCCCACCGGUGCCAAUUUUCGUACAUGUUGUCCCUGAACAUCACACUGUGCCUCCGCAACAGCACCCGGUACCUGGACAAAUCUAUUACGCAUCGCCAAUGUACUCGCAGUCCGUGCAGCAGUAUCCUGUACAUGCAGCCUAUUCGGCGCAUAAUACAACGCAUCAUCCGGCACAUCAACCAGACAGUAGAUUUGUGCCACAAUCGCAUCCAGUGCUGUCGAAUCAAGAUUCAAAUCCGCCAGCCACAAACUCAUUAGCUACACCUACGCAACAAAAUACGUGUACUUCCGUCAAACCAGAGGAUGAGCAGGUCAAUGGGAACGAUAAAAAAUCUGAGCAUUCCGACACUAGCAAUGACGAUAGCAAAGUUAAGCCGCUGGUUAAAAAGACGUCAAAACAUAACGUUAAGUCGGCUAUAAAUAAGAACUGUAAAAUUGAGGAAAAUAAUGUGGUUGCGGAUGUAAAUAUCGAAGUUAACGUCGAGAUAACGCAAAAUGGAGAGACGCAGAAUAAGGAUGACCAGGAAACCAUAUCUACUCAUACGACGACUAUCGUAUCUGAAUCUACCAUUACCAAGAGGGACGAAAUUGAAGUGAAGAUUCAGGAAAGUGUUGCAUUGAAAGAAGAUCAAGCUGAAAAUGCUAUCAAAACGCCAACUGACUCCUCAGCCACGUCAAGUAUCACAUCUCCUGCACCUGUACUUGUUGAUGCGGUACCUUCAGCUAAACGAAGUUGGGUGAGCCUCUUCAACAACGCUGAACCAAAAGUGUCUUCCUUACCCCAGACAACAGUACACAAUGCAAUUCCAGUACAGAAUGGUAUAUUAAAAGAGACUGAAAAGGAAACGACAGUCAUUGAUCCCGUAUCAACGCAUCAAAAUGCUUUAUCCAACAAUUCACUUGAUUGCAAGGCUCUACAAAAUGGUGAAUUGGAAGGUUUUUAUGAUGAUCCUAACUUAUUUAGAAUGGGAGAAUUUCUACUACUAUAUCAGAUGAACAUGCAGACCGUCAGUUUGAUACCAAGAG